AUGGUGUGCAUGCGAGAGUAUGAAGUACUAGUUAUUGAUAUAGAGAUUGAGAUUUUAGGAGUUUUUUCCGAGAGGAAAUUGGAGGUGGAUUGGGAUUCCUCUAUUUGCGUAACGAUGGCCCUUCGUGCUACUCAAGCGACUGGCCGUAUCGCGACGGCGUUCCGGCGUGUCGCUCGGCCAUUCUCCAUUGACGCGGUCGUUGAGUCGGAUUACAAGCGUGGCGAGAUCGGUAAGGUCUCCGGAAUCCCAGAGGAGCAUCUCGCAAGAAAGGUGAUUAUAUACUCGCCUGCUAGAACUGCUACCCAGCAAGGAUCUGGAAAGCUUGGAAAGUGGAAGAUCAACUUCGUCUCCACCUUAAAGUGGGAGAAUCCAUUGAUGGGAUGGACUUCUACAGGUGACCCUUACGCCAAUGUCGGUGACUCCGCUCUUGGUUUUGAUUCCGAAGAAGCUGCAAAGUCAUUUGCAGAGCGUCACGGUUGGGAUUAUGUGGUCAAGAAGCCCAAAACACCAUUGUUGAAGGCUAAGUCUUACUCGGACAACUUCAAGUGGAAAGGCAAUCCUCAACCAGAGAACUGA